UUGGGGCGCGGCCGUUGGGGCGCGGGCGCUCUCAACCCUGCUCGUUCAAGGUUCCUGGGAGUCAUGCCCGCCUACAGCGCCGCGGACCAGGCGCUGACAACCAAGCUGGUGACUUUCUACGAGCACAAGGAGGAUUCUUCUGUUCCUUCUCACCAAGCGACUAUCCUCUUAUUUGAGCCGAGAAAUGGCUCUUUAAAAGCUGUCCUUGAUGGCAGUGUGAUUACAGCAAAACGAACAGCUGCAGUUUCUGCAAUAGCUACCAAGUUGUUAAUGCCAGCUUCUGCAGAAGUGCUGUGCAUUUUGGGAGCUGGUGUUCAAGCAUAUAGCCAUUAUGAUAUCUUCACAGAGCUGUUCACGUUUAAGGAGGUCAGGAUAUGGAAUCGUACUAAAGAGAAUGCAGUGAAGUUUGCCCGUUCAGUUAAUGGUCCAGUGCAGAUCUGCUCUUCUGCUCAGGAGGCAGUUACUGGGGCUGAUGUCAUUAUAACUGUCACCAUGGCAACAACACCAAUUUUACUUGGAGAGUGGGUAAAACCAGGUGCCCAUAUCAAUGGUAUGCUAUGUUCUCAUCCAGACUGGAGAGAACUGGAUGAUGAACUGAUGAAGAACUGUGUUCUCUUUGUGGAUUCCAGAGAGGCUGCUCUUACUGAAUCAGGAGAUGUGAUAUUGUCAGGGGCUGAGAUUUUUGCUGAACUCGGAGAGGUACUGAAGGGUACAAAACCAGCCCUGCCUGAGAAAACAACAGUGUUUAAAUCACUGGGGAUGGCAAUUGAAGAUACAGUAGCAGCAAAAUUCGUUUAUGAUUCGUGGUCAGCUGGAAACUAAAGAAGUCUACAAUGCCAACAAGGCCAUAAAAUACCACAAAAAUGGUUUGCGCUUAGUUUCCUUGGAACCUUUUAAUGAUAAAGGCCAGCAGUUCUAUCUGAAUGUAGCCCUGCUAGAACUUUCAAAAAUGAAAAGUAAACCUUCAGUAAUAGUAUUUCUACUAUUUUCUCAUGGCAAGUAUUAGAUAAUUGCAGUACUACUAACAAAUAUAUUUUUUUAAUGCAAUGGCAAGUAUUGGAUAUUUGCAGCAAUACUAACAGGUAUUGUAUGCAUUUUGAUACCGUUCUAGAAUCAACACCUUUCUUCCCUAACUACAUAUGUAGCAGAAAACUGUGGGUAGAUUUUGUUUGUAGAGAGGUUAAUUCAUUCUGAGGUAAAAUACAUCAGGUUGGAGACUGGAAUUUGAGCGUGAUGUGUUACCGGUGGUAGUACUUUAAAUGAAACUGUGAUUCCAAUGUUACAUGGACAGUGAUUUAGUUGGCAGUUUCUCCUGGGAACGCAGCCUACCCUGGACUCCUAGAGACCCCUUCCCUCCCCACUCAGCCUCAGGUCUGGAAGUCAUAGACCUUACUUCCACCCCCACGUUCUUCUUGCUUAGACCCCACAGGGUUUCCUUUGAGAGCAUGCUCCUGAAUAGGACUUCAUUAUAUAAAAAUAAUGACGUUUCCAUACAGUUAAAUUUCUGUCUGUUUGUUUAAAUAAAGCACCUGGCUCAGGAAGGCUUAAGAGUUCAAAAAAUCAGAGUUAUACUAUGUAUGUGUUGACUUGUGAGGGAACUGUAUUCAGUGCCUUCCUUAGUAUGUUCCUGGGUGGAGUGUUGCCAUUUUCUUGUUUUCAAGUAGUCACCCAAAGUGUGAAUACUAAAAAUGUUUUAACUGUUACCUAUGUUCUGCGGGGGAGACUUUGGUAUUAAUUAAUUAAUGUUUGUAAGUGUUUUUUUUUUAAAGUUUCUUUAAGGUUGGACCUGUGCUGACUGAUUACAGGGGCAUAAGCUUCAAAUAUACAGGCAGAUAUGUUCAGCUUGGCUGUACCGUGCAUCAAUUGGCAAUUAUACUGCUAUACUGCUAUCCUGGUGGGUGAUGCUGGGGGAGGGUUAUUCAUGAUUCCCUCUUGGUGGAGGAACCGAGUGAUGUCCUACAUAAGGUUGGACUAGAUGCUCUCCAGAGGUCCCUUCCAACCUUGGCCGUUCUGUGAUAAGGAAAAGUUCCAGUUAUGUGCUGCUAUGCAGCUGCUUUACAAAAGACGAGCAUCUCCUGAAAAAUAGCUAUUGGCCUUGAAAUGAAUUCCUAUCUCAUGCUGGAAUUAGGCCUUAUGAAAUUUUAUUUAUACUUGGAUACUGUUUCAUGCAGGCUGUUAACUAUUUCUUCAUUUUGUGAAAGGAUUACAUGACAUGAUCUUUUUAUAAUGAUGCCAGUAGAAUUACAGUGGAGCAGCAGGAAGAAGCAGGUAGUGUUAUAAACCCUUGAUGGUGCAUAAGUAAGUAUGAAGAGGUUAAUGAGUACAGUGCAGGUGCAGCAUAAAAAAAUGCUCCAAAUCAUAAGCAUGGUGUAAACUAGUUGGAAAAGGGUAGCAAGUGGCAGAGUUGAACUUGCCACAGUUUUAGUGUGGAAGGGUACCAGACCAGUAAGGGAAUAGAGCCAAAGGAUAUAUUCAUGUGGGUAAAAACUGAGUAACUCCAUCGGUUGUCUUGAUAUCAAGAACAGAGGUUGCCUUAUUAGCUUUUGCCUUUUUUAUUUUGUUGUAACAAGAUUACCCUUCAAUUGUUUUAACAUGCUUUUUUUCCUCCUGUGUCAUUUGUGAAACGUUCGGUAAUGUGUCUGACCUAUCCUGUCACUUCAGUAAUAAGGAACUCCACUUGCAUCAGGUGAAUGUGACAGGCAUAGAUGCUCCAUAAUUCAAGAGCUGUAUGGAAACUUUCACUUACUACUUAUGGCAGUAUUAUCCCCGUUCCAUGCCUAUGUGAAACAAGGUUUGCAAUUCAAGAUAAGGCAUAGUAUUUAGGAAGAAGACACAUACAAUUUACUUUCACGUGUACUCUGCCACAGACUCUACUUUGAAAAGUAGACGGAGCCAGUCCAAAGACUUGGUUCUGAAAACCCAUGGUGUUUCUACCCUGCAUUGGCAGCAGGAGGUCCAAGGAGCCUGGCUUCACCCUUUUGCCUCUGAAUAACUUGAGUCCAUGAAAAGGACUGGAUUCAAUUUCAAUAGGAGUUACUUGAGUGUUAUCUUUAGAUUUGUUUGGAAAUUAUAGCCUGGAUCUCUGAUUCCUUCUCUUACACGUUUUUCUUGAGGAUUAUCUUUAAUUUGUAACUUGCAUGUAUGUUAAAGAUACCAUUGCUUUUCUUCAGCUUUCAUUUUGUUGUCCGUUGCUUGUCUGUUGUGGUGGUGGUGGUGUUCUUGUUCCUGUUUGUUUUUGAAGAUGAAGAAAGACGUUUCUGUUUGUCAAUAAAGUACCCAAGCAGUUGCAGUGA